GCGCAUGAGCAAGGCAGCAGGGAAUUAUUCCACAUCCCUGCGCAUACAUGGCGUCCUCUCACACCGAGCAGUGAAUUUAAUAUGCAGCAAAUCCAAGUGCCCCCCCCCCUCCUUUAAUUCAAUCUCUAUUUAUUUAUUUAAUUUGCAGCCAUCAUCUCCUGUCUCCUGCAGAGGGGGCGAUGCGGGCAGCGUGCAUCCUUACAGUCGCCUCCUCAUCCCAGAGGUAGGAUCGUUUCUUAUUCUUUUUUUGCUGCAAACAGCACAGCGGACUGGAUGCUGCUCCUUUAUUCCAGGCGCAUCCGCAGCCUCUCUGUGGUGCAAGGUGUCUUUGAAACGGAUACGGGGAGAAAUCCGAGGAAAGCUUUCUUAUGACUCACCCAUGUCGAGGUGGUGAGUAGCCUAAGAGAUUCAGGUGAUGGAAAAAUAUCCCCUGAAGGGUGGAUCCCAUCAGGUAGCUCCGCCCCUCUAUUCCUGUAGUCGUGGAUGCAGAUGAAGAUGAGGAUGUUCCUAAAUAGAUUCAGAGAGAAUGAGCAUCGUCCUCCAAGCAGUCUCCAACAGACAAAAGUUUCCAAAAGCAGGAGAAUAAUCCUAAUUUCAUACGCCUCUCUGAAAGGCAGCAUUCAUCUUCCUCGUCUGCCGUCAAUCGUGAGACAGGAGGUGGACUCCUUGAGAAGACCGGCUAAUGUGACAUCAGCCAAACCUCAUUAGUUCAUCAAGAACCUGUAUUUUCUCCUGGAGAGCAAAGGUCCAUCUCCCUGACCAAAACGUCAGAUUUGUUAAAAGAAAACACAAAAUUCACAAAGGGCUUUGUGUGGAAUCUCAGCAUGCUGCCAACAGGACAGAGCAUGUCACCUGGAACUUCUCAUAAAAUCCUUCGACCUCUUUUGUUCUCUAUUUUCAUUCUCGGAUGUUUUGUGACUGCAUUUUUGAUGUAUUUCAAGCCAUCCACUAGCUGGUUAAAUGGUCCAUUAGAGUCAUCUGAUUCCGCAAACCAUAUAAAGCAUGUUUUUGCAAAGAGUGACAAAAAUGUGACCACUGUUCUAGUUUGGCUUUGGCCCUUUGGACAAACCUAUGAAAUGAACAUCUGCAGCUCUGACUUUAACAUUGAGGGCUGCUUUAUUACCGCUGACAAAAACUUCUACAAUAAAUCGGAUGGGGUUGUCAUCCAUCAUCGAGACAUUGCUGGGGACCUGUCCAAUCUGCCGACAUCACAGAGGCCGCCCUUCCAGAAAUGGAUUUGGAUGAACUUGGAGUCUCCAUCCCAUUCAGCCCAGCUGCCUGGGAUUAACAACUUGUUCAACCUGACUCUCAAUUAUCGUCAAGAUUCUGACAUCCAAGUGCCUUAUGGAACUAUUGUAGCAGCAGAGACUGUGGAGGACUUUGUACCACCAAGCAAAGACAAACUGGUUUGCUGGAUUGUGAGUAACUGGAAUCCAGAACAUGUGCGGGUAAAAUAUUACAAUGAGUUGUACAAACACAUCGAGGUUCAUGCAUAUGGACAUGCAUUUGGGGAAUACAUCGCUGACAAAGAUUACAUUCCUACUAUGUCUAGCUGUAAGUUCUAUUUGUCCUUUGAGAACUCAAUCCAUAAGGACUACAUCACUGAGAAACUCUACAUCCCACUCUCUGUGGGCACAGUACCAGUGGUCCUUGGUACAACUAGGCAGAACUAUGAGAACUUUGUUCAAGGAGACGCAUUUAUCCAUGUGGAUGACUUUAACUCACCGAAAGAGCUGGCGGAUUACCUGCUUCUCCUGGACAAAAAUGAGGAAUUGUAUCUUGGGUACUUUAAAUGGAGACGGCAAUUUAAAGUAAACAGAGCCAAUUUCUGGGCAGAGCACACAUGCCAGGCUUGUGAUUACCUGAGACGGCAUAAAGAAUACAGGGCAUUCAAUAACCUUAACAAAUGGUACUGGGGCUGAUGGUGCUGAAUGGACAAUGCAGCACAGAUCCACUCUAUAUAAAGUUGAACUCAGCACACUGAAUAAAUGGCUACUCAUUGAGACAAACGUUACAGUGGACAUUUUUGAUGUAAUAUUCAAAGCAUUGCAGAAAAUCCAUCUCAUUUGUGAUAGUGAAGAAGUCACCUAUGCAGAGCACUGAAGUCAAAUAUAAAGAGUAGUUAAACACUGUCUUGCAGAAUUUUUUAAAAUUUGUUGCUGUCUUUAAACAUAUUUUUGUAAAUUUACAUUUGCACUGCAAAUUCAAAAAUAUGCUUCUGAACAUUUUGUAGGGAAAUAUUGAUAAUUUUAGAAGUAAGGCUUUGAUUAUAAAACCUGUUACCUAGAAUUUUCCUGUGCAGUCUUAACAACUGGAAUUUAAUUUCAGAAUUGUCCCAGUCCUGAUAUAUAUAAUGAAGAAAAGAGUAAGGGAAAUAUCCCUCCCUUCUGUCAUUUUCUAGUCUUUAUUACUGUUCUUUAUAAGAGUAAUUCAGAGCAGGUGCAUCACAAUCCAUAUUUAUGUGUGUGAAUGUUUGUGUAUAGAUAUAGAUAUAUCUAUAGAUAUAGAUAUUUUUUAUUAUGAAUUGGGCAUAGAAAGGCUGGAUGGUUUGCCUCUUGUAAUGAGAUCUGUUAUGCACCGUGAUGCACCUGCUCUGUACUCAAAGAGCAGGUUGGUCAAAGCACUUCAUAUUGGUGAUCUUUCUAUUAAAAACAAUAUAAAGAUAAAAAUCAAGACAUAACUGAGUGAUCAUAUAUCUGUAUUCCUCACUUGUCGCAAAAUAUUACCUCAAAUAUUUAUCCAGUUUUCAGGAUAAAUACAGAUUUUGGAUUAAUGGCAAAACCGGGCAGAUAUAUUUGCCAUUCUAUUUUUAUUUUUUAUUUUCUCUGAAGUAGCGCAUAUAUGUAGAGCAUCACCCAGAGUUGAACUGAUAAGGUGUUUGAAGAUGUUUGCAGCACUAUUCAACAAUUAAAAUCAUAGUAGUGGAAUUGCAUUACUUCAUACAUGAAAAGCUGUAAAAUUGGGUUUUAUCGACACUCAUCUCAAUAUGAACAUCAUCAUUUUGCACAUAAGUUUUCUUUUUAAACAACAUUCUGAGCAAAACCUUAACAUUUUAUGCAAGAUAAACUGGCAGCUCUUUGGGGUCAAAGCCUGAAAAAUAUUUUCGGUCAGAACUGAUACUUCUUCACUGUCAUAAGGGCAAAGUGAAAAGCAUGAUGAGCUCACUUUUCUACUACAAUCACGGCCCUUGAAUCCAUUUUGAAACAUGUGCAUAACUGUAAUAAACUUAGGCUUCAGCUUAAUCAAUCCAGGCUGUUUUGUGAGAUAAUUGAUCGUAUGAAGUUCCAACUGCUUUAAUGAAAGAAAAGUAGAGUGUGUUGUAUAUAUUUUUAAAGAUAAGAUGUCUUUAUAACAGUGGUUUGACGGUGAAUAUCAUUCUGCUCUAACUUCAGGGGUAGAUGUUUUGAGGAGCUGAGAUACUUUAAAUUUAAGUAAAAAGGGAGAAACAGUUGAAGUGAAAAAGAUCAGAAACAGCGCUUGUAGUGCCAGGUGAUGUGGGCAUGUAUUAUUUUUACAUUCAAACGUUUUUGUAUCAGGUGGAAAUCCUGCUGGUAUGACCUUACUCAGAAAGGUGUGCCAAAAUGCAGCACAGAAAUAGCACUUUUUAUUUAUGUGAAGUUGUGUAACUCACUGUGGUUAUGGGUUGUCUUAAAUGGAGCUUUUUUUAUUUCAAGAUUAAGUUCUUGGUCUUCACUAAAGAACAUUUUGUUUACAGUUUCAUAAUGUAUAGUUCUUUCUCCUCUAUGAAAAUAGAGCUUUGUUGUUCAGAGUGGUUGACAAUUUUGAAGAAAAGGAGUUUGUGUCGUGAAUGUUGUCUGUCUCACUUUUUCUCUUCUUCUCAGACCAGGUAUAUGCUCUGUCUUUAUAGCAUUGGAAGCUACAGCAGGAUUUAUGUGGUUAUUUUAAAGGCACAGAAUUGGUGGGUCGAAAAACUGUAUUGUACAUUGAAUGGGAUUAAGUCUAUGUGUGUGAUUUCUCCUUAAAAAAAAAUCGAAUUAUGCCUAUUUUUAAGACAUUCAGCUAGUUGGAACAAGGUAUUUGCCAAACCAUUGUAUUUGCCAAAUGUGUUCUAACUGUAGAUGUCUAAUAGUAUAAUGGAGAGAAUAAACAUAUGGGUAAAAUUUGAA